AGAAUUCCGGAUAUGAAAUGGCUCCGUAGUGAAUAGUUCGCGUGAUUUGAAAAGUUGUUGUUUGACCAGCUGAUUCGAGCAGUCAGCAUGGGUUCCGUGUGGAAACGGCUUCAGCGGUACAACAAACGCGCCGCGAAAUUCAAAUUCACGUUGUGUUACAGUGAACUCGAUCUAAUAUGUGCGCCAUCUGCCAACUGGCUGCCGAGCAAAAUUGCAAUUUUGUUGACACGGAGGUCGAGGCGUUUCUUGACCUCAUCGCAUCCAUGGGAACCUUCAUUAACGCAUCCUUACGAAGGAAAGGUUACUUGGCCAUCAGGAGAACUGCAAGAAGUUCUUGUGACACUUUUUCACGAUACAAAAAACCAGUAUUACGAGGGGAAAGAUUGGAACAUCGUUAUAGAAGAGGUGUCCAAUCCAACGAAAAUCCGACAUCUCGGGAAUUUCAAUCUCGAUAUGAGUGAAUUCGUCACUGGUGCCACGACGGAGCGAGAUCUGAAACUAGUGUUCAAAAACUUGUCCAAGAAAAUCAAAUCCGCGACUCUGAAACUCCAUCUAACCUCUGUGUUCCUCAGAGAAGGAAAGGCGACAGACGAAGAUAUGCAAUCAGUUGCGAGUUUGAUGAGCGCCGCUCCACUUGACAUCAACCCGGAUGAUGGCGAUGACGAGGAUGAGGAUGAUGACGCCAUCGACGGUGUGAGCGGAAGUGAAGCUGCGACGCUGGAAGAGUGCGGAUCGCAAGUGUUCGACGAAAAUGCCGAUUUAUCUCUGAGCAAAGAAAUGAAAGCCCUGGAAAAGCAAUCCUUGUACGACGAAGAUGAGGAAGAAAUGUACCGAGCUCCAUUCAGGAACUUGGUUUCGUUUUCGAAAUCCACCACAGAAAUUCCGACUGUUUCAACCAGCGUUUUGCCGAACCCAGGCUCGUCAGAACUUCAGCCGAAACCGUACAUAAUUCCGACGACGGUCGUGGACCUCGGAAGUCGAUUCCAACUCGCUGACCCUCAAAAGAUUUCAACCCCGAAAAAAAGCGAAUGUCAAGAUGUGGAGAGAGCCGGGAUCGAAAUCACCAAGUGUGUUCCUGAAGAGACCCCAGCUAUCCUCAAAAAUGUAGAUGAUCCCUCUGAAGACUCCAGUGGAGAACUUCUGGCUUGGAGCAAUCCGGAUUUUGAAGAUCUGAGGGCCGAGGAUAUCAAAGGUAACUGCAAAAAGGCAUUCGAUGCUGCAGAAAGCCUUGGGAUUCCUCGGGUAAUCGAGCCUUCGGAUAUGGUAUUCCUUUCGACCCCGGAUAAGUUAGCAGUGAUGACUUACUUGUAUCAACUGAAGACGUAUUUCGAGUCUUUCAAAGUCGAAAGCAAGUCAGAGAGGAUCGACGAGACGGCGACCGAAGAACCGCCAAAUGAUUCCUCUUCAACUACCGUGACAACUACUGUAGUGCCAAAUUUGAAUCUGAUCGAAACGCCACUCAAUAAUAACCAAGAAGACGUCGCUGAACCCGAAACCCCGGCUUUCGUUGAAGAGCAAGUAGCCCAAGACCAGCCGCAGACGGGAUCCAACGCUGUUUUCGAGCUGGAACAAUUCGUUAUCAACGAACAAGCACAGGAAACCAGGUCAAACGAAAAUCAACCCGCAGUCCUGCAUCUGGAGAACAAUGAACAAUCCUGUCCUCCUCCCAUCAUAAUACAAAGACGUUUCCCGGUCGGGAUAAAAAACGAAGACCCGCCUCCGAAGCCAGUGCGUCGAUUCGGAAGCUUUCAGAAUAUUUCCGUCGAAACCCCAGCUGUUGGGCCCGUGGAAACCCAAUCCCACGAACCCGAAGUAGAAAUCCCGACCGCAGAAAUUGACGCACCUACUGCAUCCGCGAACGUCCCAGAUGUCGUACAAAGACCGCCACGGAAGCGAACAGAGAGUAACACGAGGAUAGUAAAACGCGUAAGCUUUUCUCGAGAUGUCGCUCUUAAGGAAAAAUUCGUUCAACCUUAUACUCAGCAAGGUCCUGAGAACGACCCAACAGUCCAUUCCAAAGAAACAAAACCGAUCGAAACCGAGUCAAAGACGUCCCACCCUGAACUACCCCGUCACGACUUCGGAACCCCUGAAAACCUUUUGAAUAUCAUAGCAGAACCCUCACAAGUAAAAUCGGAAUUCGAAAAAGAGAAUGCGACGAGUGAAAAACCAGUCCUGAUUGUUGCUGAUGCUGCUGCGAAAGGAUUCGAAGUGGGAAAAACUGAGGAGCCCGUGGAAAACGCCAACAUAGACGUUGUUUCUCCCGAACCCGUCGGAAAGGACACGAUCGAAAUCCAGCACCCUGAAGCAGCUCCCAUCUUAUUCAAGAUUCGAGACAAUGCCAUACCCGUGAUGGCAGCAGACAAAGACGUACCCGACGUCAUCAAAACGGUCCCAGUUGCCCAAAAGGUCCUAGAACCCACCUCACGGGAUGUUUCCCAGGUAACAGGACCCUUGCCCAAGGAAAAGGCCGCUAGUGUCGGGCCGCAAACGCAACCCGGGAUACCCGUUCGACCACGACGACGAAGACCGAGCCAGACGAGUCUCCAGCAUUCCCCGGUCAUACCCACGUCGCGAUCCAGUCCGAGUUUGGCACGCAAAUCAGCUACUCCAAUGCCGCUUUUCAAGUCCAAGUCUGCAGGGUUCCAGGCCAUCAACAACUUGGACUAUUUGCCGGUGAGGAAGUCUCCUCCAAAAACUUGCAUCGACCUGGAGCAGCCACUGAUCAUUUCCAUCCCGAUUGCAAUGGUUCCAAAAAUGGACGCUUCUGGAAACCAUGAACUUCAAGAUCACAACAAAUGCCGUGGAGUAGUGAAUGCUCACAAGUUGGAGCUUUCGGACAAGUUGAUCGCGGGAUCCCCGCGGACCGAGACGGCUACAGCAGCAGCAGGGACAGCAGCAGGGACAGCAGCAGCAGGCUGCAGUCAGGACAGUUAUUCCGACUCGAAAUCCAAGGGAUUUGUCUCGGAGAAAGCGGAGCAAUCCGAGCGGCUUCCGCAAGCAACAAAGCCGCCGAUCUCGAAGCCGGCCCGUCCGUCAUUGGCACUCAAAAAGGAAACGAAGGGACCCGAACCCGUCGAUGAGAAAUCGGAGGCGGAGAAAGCAUCCGUGUCCGUGAUCCUGCCCAGCAGGGACGCGGCUGUUUGCUCGGAAGGCAAGGAGCCAAUUUACGCCCAAGUCGACGUCAGUCGGAAAACGAAGCCCGAGGAAAUCCCGUGUAAUCCCGGGUCUCAUCAGGACGCCGGUAUCGACAGCGUCGCCAACUUGGAACGCGACUUGUUUCACAAGGAGCAAAAAAUGGCGACGCUUCAGAAAGAAAUCGAGGUGCUCCGGGAAAGGAUCGCGAGGGAGAAGAUGAAGGCAGCCCUGCGACAGUUCACCAGGCCUCAUCAGCCUGCUGGACUCUGCUCCUCCACCAAGGACGGAUGCGCCAUUUGUCACCAGUUUUUCGCCUACGUCAUGGGGAGAUUCGCGGACGCGAGGUUCUGCGCCGACCAGGCCUUCGUUUCCGAAUUGGCGAACUUGUACGAAAGCUUCCUGCGUGAAAACCCCGCCGAUCAAAUAGGAUGCAGAUUGCAUGAUGACCUCAGGGAGAAAAUGAGGCAAGGCGAAGAAAAUAAUACACCAGUGAGGUUUCCUCGUUCAAGUGCCGCAGCCAAGCAUCGAGCUCAAAGAAUGAUCGCACUAGGUCGAUCUGCUGCUGGGUCAACCUCGGAUCCUUCGCAGAGCCAAGCUAAUACAGGCAACGAUGAAGCAGAUCAUCAGGCUCAAGUAAAGACAAAAUCAAUGUACAUUCAAGUCGAGUUGGAGUCGUUAGAAAGGGAACAAGACCAUAUCGAUCAAGAAGCAUCUCGUCUAGAGAGAAAAGUCCGCGAUGCGAUGAGCUCUAACAGUGGUAAGGAGGAAGAAGAACGCUUGCUUAUGAAGUGGUUCUCCUUGGUCAACAAGAAAAGCGCUUUACUUAGAAGACAAAUGCAACUAAAUAUUUUGUGA